GGAGGCGAGCCUGGUGGAUGUAAGCGGUGGUUUGGAGACAGAAUCCUCUAAUGGGAAAGAUGCUCUAGAAGGUGCUGCGGACACUUCGGAGGUGACGGAUGCUCAGGGGGGCUCCGUGGACGAAGAGAACGGCCGGCAGCUGGGCGAGGUGGAGCUGCAGUGCGGGAUAUGCACCAAGUGGUUCACGGCGGACACCUUCGGCAUAGACACCUCAUCCUGCCUGCCUUUCAUGACCAACUACAGUUUUCACUGCAACGUGUGCCACCACAGCGGGAAUACCUACUUCCUCCGGAAGCAAGCAAACUUGAAGGAAAUGUGCCUUAGUGCUUUGGCCAACCUGACGUGGCAGUCCCGCACACAGGAUGAACACCCGAAAACCAUGUUCUCCAAAGAUAAGGAUAUUAUACCAUUUAUCGAUAAAUACUGGGAGUGCAUGACGACCAGACAGAGACCUGGGAAAAUGACUUGGCCAAAUAACAUCGUUAAAACGAUGAGUAAAGAAAGGGACGUGUUCUUGGUAAAGGAGCACCCUGAUCCUGGGAGUAAAGACCCAGAAGAAGAUUACCCCAAAUUCGGACUUCUGGAUCAGGAUCUCAGUAACAUUGGUCCUGCCUACGACAACCAGAAGCAGAGCAGCGCCGUGUCCACCGGCGGGAACCUAAACGGGGGAAUCGCAGCAGGAAGCAGCGGGAAGGGGCGAGGAGCCAAACGCAAACAGCAGGACGGAGGGACGACGGGCACCACCAAGAAGGCCCGGAGUGACCCCUUGUUUUCUGCUCAGCGCCUCCCCCCACACGGCUACCCCUUGGAGCACCCGUUUAACAAAGACGGCUACCGGUACAUUCUGGCCGAGCCCGACCCCCAUGCCCCUGACCCGGAGAAGCUCGAACUCGACUGUUGGGCAGGAAAGCCCAUCCCCGGAGACCUCUACAGGGCCUGCUUGUAUGAGCGGGUCUUGCUGGCUCUGCAUGACCGAGCUCCGCAGCUGAAGAUCUCGGAUGACCGGCUGACGGUGGUGGGGGAGAAGGGCUACUCCAUGGUGCGGGCCUCUCACGGGGUGCGGAAGGGUGCUUGGUACUUCGAGAUCACCGUGGACGAGAUGCCGCCGGACACAGCUGCCAGGCUGGGGUGGUCCCAGCCCUUGGGUAACCUUCAGGCCCCCCUGGGCUAUGAUAAAUUCAGCUACUCCUGGCGAAGCAAAAAGGGCACCAAGUUCCACCAGUCGGUCGGCAAGCACUACUCCUCUGGCUACGGGCAGGGCGACGUCCUGGGCUUUUACAUCAACCUGCCCGAAGACACGGAGACGGCCAGGUCGCUGCCUGAUACUUACAAGGAUAAGGCUCUGAUAAAGUUCAAGAGUUAUUUGUAUUUUGAGGAAAAAGACUUCGUGGAUAAAGCAGAAAAGAGCCUGAAGCAGACGCCCCACAGCGAGAUAGUAUUUUAUAAAAAUGGUGUCAACCAAGGCGUGGCUUACAAGGACAUUUUCGAGGGCGUGUACUUCCCGGCCAUCUCACUCUACAAGAGCUGCACGGUUUCCAUUAACUUUGGCCCGUGCUUCAAGUACCCGCCCAAGGACCUCGCCUACCGCCCUAUGAGCGACAUGGGCUGGGGCGCCGUGGUGGAGCACACUCUGGCGGACGUCCUGUACCACGUGGAGACCGAGGUGGACGGGAGGCGGAGUCCUCCGUGGGAACCCUGACCGGGCCACGCUUUCCGUCCAGACGCGGCCUUCUGGGGAAGAGACUGGGCUUUCGGUUUUGGUUUUUAACGGUCUCCAUUGUUUUCCCAAAGAUGCUGCAGGACACAGCCUCUGCUUUGAGCACGGCGGGCCGGCGGGGCUGCCGGGCUGCCGGGGCUGCCGGCUCCUGCUCUCCCGCCUGCCCCCUCACUUACUGCCCUCACUGUGGUGAGCCAGCCCUGCCAGCGUGGGGCCCAGGAGCUCUCUGUGACACGGUGCUGGACCCAGGCGGCCCGGGUGACCUGCGGGAAGUGAGCUCACAGGGGACACUUCCUUCUGUGGGCACCGGAUCCAUUCACCUGAUGGCCACAGAGGUGGCCUGCCUGAGAGCCACUGAAAUCCGGGGCAUGCGUUUCAAAGCCCGCUCCCGGCCGCCCCUUCGCUGUGGGUGUGGUUAUAUUAAUUUUGAAAUAGACUGUUCGACACAGGGACCUCCGGAAGCCCCAGGUCUCUGACUGCUCUUGUGAAGGGACAUGCUUGUAGCGCUGACAGUUAGAAACUCUUCCCAAAUAAAACUUGUUUCCGGGUU